UCAAUUCAUUUUGGUAUAUUGAAAAGUGAAAACUUUGUUUAACGCUAGUUUCCCCAAACGUGUAAAAUCAUUUAUUGGCAAAUUUAGGAUAGCUAUAGCAUCAUCUUGGUCUCAUCAGCCCAUCCCAGCUCAAAGACUCCAAAGACUCCAUAGGAUGCUGGCUUCCAUGAAUAUAGCUCUGGUGGCCACCCAUGGUUGCCGUACCCUCAGUAGUACAUCACCAUCCCUGCUCCGCACAUUGGCAAGACCUCGUGCUAGUCUCAGUGCUGCCAGUUCCCGCGAUUACUUUGCUCCUCGGCGUUCUUUGGGUUCGAAAAGCAGCGCAUUUCCUUGUAAAUCCUCAAUAACAGAUGUUACAGUCAAAACUGCAACUAAUUCUGCAGAAAAUGGGUAUCCUCAAUAUCAUCGUUUGCUUCCAUGCCCCUCAUUCAGUAAACCUCCACGAGUUGAACAUAUGGUCGUUUUGGAAGCAGGACCUGUCAUGGAAUAUAUCUGUAAAUCAUUGAACCUUCCUCCUCUGUAUGUUGCAGACCUUAUUCAUUUUGGUGCAGUAUAUUAUGCCCUAGUAUGCCCACAGCCUCCUAAAACUGCAACCCCCGAGCAAAUUAGACUAUUCAAAAAAUUUACAGAACCAUCAUUCUUGAAAGGGCGAAAAUCUAUCAAAGGGAAAACUGUGAGAGAGGCACAGAAGACUUUCCGGAUAACUCAUGUUGAUGAGUUUGUCGAAGUUGGAACGUACUUGCGUGUUCACGUGCAUCCCAAACGCUUUCCAAGGUGCUAUGAAAUUGAUUGGAAAUCAAGAAUAAUCGCUGUGACAGAAUCCUAUGUGGUUUUGGACAAACCUGCUGGUACAUCGGUUGGAGGCACUACUGACAACAUUGAAGAAAGUUGUGCAACCUUUGCAACUCGUGCUUUGGGAUUAACAUCUCCCUUGUGGACUACCCAUCAGAUCGACAACUGCACUGAAGGCUGCGUCAUUUUUGCUAGGACAAAAGAAUAUUGCUCCAUCUUCCAUGGUAAAAUCAGAGAGAAAAAGGUUAUGAAGCUUUAUCUUGCGCUUUCUGCUGCUCCCGUCCCAAUGGGAAUAAUAACACACUACAUGCGGCCAAUUAAUAUAGCUCCCAGACUUGUUUCAAAAGAUUGUAUUGAUGGAUGGAUCAUUUGUCAGCUUGAGGUGUUGGAAUGCAGAGAGGUUUCAUGGCCGGAUGCGGAUAUUGAAGCAAAAUACCGCGUUGAAGAUUGUGGAUGGCCCUCCAAAAAGAAAGCUUAUGAAUGUAGAAUAAACCUCUUGACUGGUCGGACACAUCAGAUUCGAGCACAGCUGGCUGAUUGUGGAGCACCGUUGGUUGGUGAUUCCAUGUAUAUGCCUGCUGUGGUUGCGGAGAUGGGUAGUCCUGGGUUGAAUCCAUUUGGAAAAUGUAAGAAAGAGUAUACCAACGAAGAAGAUAAAGAAACUGCUGUGGCGGAGUGGAGUGCUCUUCAUGGAAAAGAACCAGCCGUUGCUAUUGGACUGCAGGCUUAUGAGAUUUCAUGGGAUUCAAGGGAGCACAGUUACAAUGCUGGUACUCCAUGGUGGAGGCAGGAACAGUUGUAGCUCGAUGUUGACUCCAAGCCAUCAUUUUGCAUUAGCCAACAUUCUCCAAAUCUGUAAGGGGCGCUGCUUGCUUAGAUCACUUUCUUGGACACAAUUGCACUGACGUUGUUGCUCAUCAAAAGUUGAGCAAUGAAAUUUUUGUACCAAAAGGUUGAUAGCUUGGGUGUUCUCUUCAGAGUUGUAUAGUCUACAUGGCAAAGCCCAAACCUUUCAGUAUAUCCAUUCAUCCAUUCAAAGUUAUCCAGCAAAGACCAGGCAAAGUACCCUCUCACAUCGGCUCCUUCUCUGAACAAGCAUCACAUCAUAUACAAUCAAUACAAGUUUCAACACAAUCGCAUAAGGAGAACCUCUUGCUUUCUAUUGGACCAUUGGAUGUAUGUUAUUAGUUAGAUUCAAAAUUUUCAUUCUGUACUCCUAAUGUAUGUAAUCAAGUUUGAUGUUAAAGCAUGAAUUGGAAAGGAUGUAAUCUAGUGUUGUUCCUCUAAGCAUUAUUUCUCGUCUUUUCCCA